AUGGCGUCCGCAAAGCUCGUCGCGCCCAUCGUCGCAGUGUGCGCGUUGAUCGGAGUGCUGCUCAUGGCAGCCCCAUGGCCUGUGGAGAGUGCUGUGAUUGUCUCUGAAGGUGGCGACGCAUUGUCCGGACAGGAAUUUCCCUCGGACAUCAGCCGUGGCCGCGUGCUCAAGUCCAAGAGCUCCGAUGAAAGCACCUCCGAUACAAGCUCCUCCGACUCUAGCAGUAAGAAGUCGAAGAAGGGCGGGAAGAGCGCGGAAGAGACCACUCCCACUAAAUCCCCCAAGAAGUCGAAGACGCCUACCGACUCCCCCGCACCUCCUGCCAAGUCGGGGAAGAAGGGUAAGGGCUCCGACGUUCCCGCCUCUCCCCCGCCUACCACCACCGGAAAGAGCGGGAAGAAGGGCGGAAGCAAGGGCUCCGACACUCCCGCCAGUCCCCCGCCAACCACCACCGGAAAGACCGGAAAGAAGGGCGGAAACAAGGGCUCCGACGUUCCCGCCUCCCCCCCGCCUACCACCACCGGAAAGAAGGGGAACAAGGGCGGAAACAAGGGCUCCGACGUUCCCGCCUCCCCCCCGCCUACCACCACCGGAAAGAAGGGGAACAAGGGCGGAAACAAGGGUACCGACACUCCCGCCACUCCCGCGCCAACCACCCCCAGGAAGAAGGGCGGACACAAGAACUGGACCGCCCCUGCGACCCCCACCCCUGAUCCCGUGCCCGCGCCUGCUACGAGCGGAAAGAAGGGCGGAAAGAAGGGCGCCAACUCAGGCACUGGCGGGUCUGCGCCCGUGGUGGAGGUGAGCAAGGCGGACCAGAAGAUCCAGUCGCAGCUCAAGUCCGCCGCCGGCGGCGUGCAGAAGGCGGCGGACGCGCUGGGCACGAAGCACAAGUACUACGCGAGCCUCACGGCGACGGUGCAGGCGCUCACGAACGCGGGCAUUCUGAUCGACGAGGGGCAGCGCACGCUCGUGCAGGGGCAGAUCGCCAACGCCGUCUCCACCAUCGACGGCGUCUCCGUUAUGCUCGACCCUGUUAACGAUAAAAAGGUUCUUUCAACCCUGGCGUCUGCUAAGGCCACCGCGGAGGGGGCGUCGAAGGCCUUCAAACCGUAG